AUGUCGACUACCGCCGGCCAAGCAGGCCUCGCCCUCGUCGAGGCGAAAGACUACGCCGCUGCCCUCCCCAAGCUCAACACAGCCCUCGCCGGCUCGUCAUCCCCGGCAUGGCUGCUCGCCCGCUCCAGGUGCCACAUCGCCCAGGCCUCCUACGAGCUGGCCCUCCGCGACGCCGAGGCCGCCUACCUCUCGGCCGCCUCCCGUGGCUCCCGCCCCCUCAUGAUCGAUGCCCAGUACCGCCGUGCCGUCGCGCUCUUCCGCCUCGGCCGCCCCGCCGACGCCGAUGCCUGCGCCCUCUGGUCGAUGAAGCUCGCCGAGGGCAUCUCGAUGCGCGACGCCGCGAACCUUGUGCCGAGCCCCGGCACCGACUGGCGGCCCAGCCGCGCAGCCCACCUCGCCGAGAUUAAGGACGUCACGGCGAGGAGCGGCCAGGCGGCCAUGACGGAGAAGAAGUUUGGCGCCAUCUGGAACACGGCCGCGGCGCUGCGGGCCCAGGUCCUCGCCGCGCUAGAGAGGGUGCCCGACGGCGACGACAAGGCCCGCCUCGCCGUCGCGCUGGUGCCCGUCGAGCGCAAGCAGGAGGACGCCGAGGAGGACCAGCUCGUCAGGGAGGCCGUGGCCGAGAAGAAGGCGGCCGAGGCGGCGCAGCGGGAGAAGCCCAAGGAGGUGCGGGCCGACUUCUUCCAGAGCAGCGCCAGCGUGUCCGUCACGGUGUUUGUCAAGGGCGUGCCGAAGGAUGCGUUCCGCGCCGAGUUCACGGAGGACCUGGUACGCCUCAGCCACAUCCCCGGCCACGAGCCCUGGUAUGAGAUUCCCCUCUACGGACAGAUCGACCCCGCCCAGUGCAAGUUUACCGUCACGCCCAACAAGGUCGAGCUCAGUCUCAAGAAGCGCGAGCCCGUCAAAUGGGGCACCCUCCGCCGUGCGGCCGAUGCGCCGGCUGCCGCACCCGCCAAGGUGGCUGCUGCUCCUGCGCCAGCGCCCGCGGCCGCGGCCCCUUCGUCGUCCCGUACGGGCGCCAAGAACUGGGACAAGGUCCUGGCCGACGAAGACGACACGGAGAAGGAGAGCGUCAACGACUUUUUCAAGACGCUGUACAAGGGGGCGACGGACGAGCAGAAGCGUGCCAUGAUGAAGUCGUUCACCGAGAGCAACGGCACCUCGCUGAGCACCAACUGGGAAGAUGUCAAGACGGGCAAGGUCGAGACGGUGCCGCCCGAGGGCGUCAAUGUCAAGAAGUGGGAGGCGUAG